GAGGGUCGUCGCUCGAAGGUUCUCCUCGCCAGUCUUUCCUGAGCUCUCUUGUCGAACUUCGCGUCCUCGUGGAGAGCUCGCAGGAACAUGGCGGGAAUGCCGGACGACGGUGAUGGCCUCGUGCCGGAUCAGAGCCCCCCGUUGGGUGAAGCAGACCUGCUGAAUACAGAGAACGAAGAGCUUGGUCGCUGGAGCCACUUCUCACUUGCCAUGCUGGCAGCUGAGCAAGAAACGGCUUCUGCCGAACAGCGUGGAGAGGGCUGUGACGACGAUGAUGACCCCUCUGCUCGGCGUCAUGAGCUUGAGGAGCCUGAUCCUGUCACUAAGCUGGAACGCUAUGCUUACAGUGACAUUGUCUUCAAUCGGCAGCUUGUGGCUCGGAAUAUCGUGGACACCUUACGUGUUUGCCUAAAUUCUCAAGAUGCGGUCAGUGCAGUGUUGGCCGCCCUUUCUUCCAUAUCUAUGGACUGUGAACCAAGUGUGCGGACGGAAGUGGUCGAACAGCUUCCAAACAUUGCCAGUUUUUGUGCCAGUGAAGGUGGACUGCUGGAAAAUGUUGUCAAAGAACACGUGGUUUCAAUAUUGGUGCAGUACCUUACGGAUGUGGCCAAUCAGGUCAGAAAAAGGACCCAGGUGUCCCUGUUGUUCAUAUUGGAACAAGGAUUGAUAGAUCGCAAGCAGCUGGAAGAACAGAUAUGUGGUCUGGUCGUGCAUCUCACUGAAAGUGAAAACAUGGAUGACUAUCGCAUGGAAGCAGUAACGCUGAUGACUAAAAUGGCACCUUACAUUGGAAAAGAAACAACUGCUGCAUUGUUUCUUCCAAGAUUCGUCAAUCUUUGUCAAGACUCUUCCUUCCAUAUCCGAAAGGUGUGUGCUGCCAACUUUGGAGAUUUCUGCAGCAUUGUGGGGCAGGAAUGUACAGAAGACAAUCUUGAUGUCUUUCAGAUGCUGUGUGAAGACUGCGUCUGGGGGGUCCGCAAGGCUUGUGCAGAGGUUUUCAUGCCAGUCUCGUGCGUUUGCUCUCUGACCACACGUCGCAGUAGCCUGGCACCACUCUUUCUUAGCUUGCUGGAUGACCAGUCACGAUGGGUUCGGAUAGCAGCCUACCAGGCUCUGGGGCCCUUCAUAUCAACAUUUGCCAACCCGAUGCGCACAGGACUGUACUGCAGUGAAGAUGGGGUAGUGAGUGUGCAAACACCAGAAGACCAGUUCGAUGCUUUUAUUGAGGGAGAGGCACCCAGCACAUCUGACAACCCAGCGUUGCUGACAGCUUUUGAAAAGCCUGCUCCUUUGAAAGAUACUCGCACCAGUGAUUUGCCUCUUACUGGCACUGUUGGUGAUCCUGAUAGAGACCUGGCGAGCUUUGAGGUGGCUGCAGUGGAUGGAGAUGAAGUGGGCUGUGCUGUGCCAGAGAAAGCAGAACAGCAGGCAGUGUGGAAAGAUGACAAAGGGGAGCAAGCCUGUACCAACUCCUCUACGGCCACAGAAGACAGCACUUGUGGCUGUAAAAGCAGCCCUUCUUUUACGGUUUCUUGUGACAACACAAAAGACUUGCCUCCAUGCAGCACUGCAGAAGACGUGGCAGACUCGACCUUGGCUGUACAAGGAUUGUUCAAAAGAAACAUGCCUCUAAAGGACGGGUCUAUAGAGGAAGCACGCACACAGAGCUUCAAAAUUAGGGAGCCGUUGUCUGUACAAGGGGACAGGCAGAGGCUAGUUGUUCAUGUGGAUCCUGGAGCUGAGAGCGAUUUCAACACAUUCCAGUUUUGGCGGGUGCCUAUUCCAGAGGUGGAAGUGGACAUUGAAUUCUUAGGUGAUCGUCCUACAGCUGUGCAUGUCAGGGCAAUGUCUCAAGACAAAGAAAAUCUAUGUAUCUCUUCUGACGUCAGUGUUGAAGUACUUUGUACAGACACCCAUCAGUCUGCUACAAAUGCAGUCUCAUCUGCAGGACAAGCCGACACUGUUCCUAAAGAAAGGCGCUUCGGUGAUUCAUCUACUCUAAGAAUUCGGACGGCUUUAUCUUCACUAACAUCUGCUGACCAAGACUGUAACCUCUUGCUUUCUUCUUCAUUCACUGAAGCUUCUGUGGCUUUUAAUGAUGCUGGGGAAGUUGCAGGUGUGCACAAAGUACGGAUGAGCAACUCAAAAGAGAUGGCAGGCAGUGAAAGCAAGCUGCUUUCGAUAUCUCACAACACUCGUUCUGAUAGCUGGUCUGCACAUGAACAAGACAUAGUACCUGUGCUGUUGCUGGAGCGGUAUCAGACAAUGACUGAUCCUAAUUUGGCUCAGAAUUUGGACUCUGAAAUAGGACGACACUGUGCCCAUAGCCUACCUGCUGUGGCACUUACCCUUGGGCGCCAGUACUGGCCUUGCCUGCGGACCACCUACCGCUGUUUAGUGUCUGAUGUGCAGUGGAAGGUGCGGUACAUUGUGGCAUCCUGUUUGCAUGAGCUAGCCACUAUCCUGGGCCCAGAAAUUGCUUCACGGGACUUGGUGCCAAGCUUUGAAGGCUUUAUACGAGAUGUGGAUGAAGUGAGAGCUGGCCUGCUUGAGCGGCUUGCACAAUUCUUGCGUGGCUUGAGUAGAGGAGACCAGCGCCGCUCACUGCCUUUGUUGGCAGACUUCCUCUGCAUGGAUAACAGUCGGAACUGGCGCUUUCGAUCCACUCUAGCAAGGCAGCUGAAGGAGAUCGCUGCGCUAUACUGCCCAUUGGAUAUUCAUCAGUACCUAGUCCCCAUUGUCAACGAGUUACUGGCGGAUAAAGUGGCUGAAGUGCGCCUCACAAGUAUUGAUGCUGUGAUCAUAUUCUUGCACAAAUUGGAGCCUCACCAUCUCAUGUGUAAGCAGCUCUUACAAGAAAUUUGCACCAAAGUACAUGACCAGAAGUGGGCGCAGCGUCAAUUAUUUUGCCACUUGGUCGAACAAAUGGUGAGAGAAGAGUGCUUGAGUGAGGAUGAGUUAAUUGGAACUGUGCUUCCGAAGCUGCUGUACCUGCUCCGUGACACUGUGCCCAAUGUCCGCAUGGCCCUAGCACGUUGUCUGGUCAGAAGCAUUUGGCCCAAGGCCUUCUUUUGGGACACUGGAAAUUCGUACAGAGAAGAACUGAAGGCAACCCUAGCCAGUCUUCAAACGGAUAAAGAUCGAGACGUGCGCUUUUGUGCCCAGACUUGUCCAAAAGACCCUGUGGACUGAAUGACAUUCAAAUGAAUUUGGCAUUGUCUUUGUCCCUUCACUUUCCUCUCCAGAAGGGUCACUGUUGGAUCCCUCGCAUUGAAAAUAUUGGAGCUGUGAUAACACUCCCAAGGGGGAGGGACCUUGUUCUAUUUUAGGUGUUAUUUUAUUGUUGCUUUUGCAGACUUAACACUGGUGAGGCAAGGGUUAAGUGCCAAUUUUGCCAUGUUUGAACAAGUGGCAGUCGAUGCUGUGAAGCAUGAGAGUGGUUUUUGCGAUGCCAUUUUUCUAAUGAAAGGCCCAGCAAAGCCUAUGUGCAAUUCUGUACAGUUAUUUUACCGUUUUAGAUUUUUGUGAAGUUUGCCUUUAUGCUUUUUGGAGUGAAUUCAGGCCAUUUAUCACCAAAAAUAGCAUGCUGGGAGCCAACUAGUCCUCAAGGAUAAACAAGUGUUCGGGUUCUUGAAGCUGCUCUGGUUGUAGUCGGUGGUGCUGCCAUUGACAACUGAUCAUUUUUAAUGGCAAUAUUUGUAACAGGCAUGGCUGCUUUCGUGCACUUUGCACUAAGGUAUGCUAAAUAAUGCUACAAUCUAGCAAAAUUUUGCCAUUAACUGAUGCCUGUUUGGUGAUUGCUUUCCCUUCAAUUUUUUAUGAGCUGUUUUGGCACAUUAUCUGUGAUAUAUAUAUAUAUAUUAUUAUAUAUAGAAGAAAAUGGUUGGAGGGGUUGGUGAUAUGUCAUUCACAGGAUGCUUUGAACUUUUGUGCAGAAGUUUUGCAUUGCAGACCAUGUGAUAACUGGAGCAGUUGGAAUAUAUCUAUUUUUGUAUAAAAUGUUCACCUCUUAGUUUACCAUAAAUAAAAAUGUUUCCAUGAAAAUUCA